UCUAAGGCAGUAAACAGUGGAGCAGAGAAGGCGAGGGUUUCUGACACUUUUUCCCUAAUCUCUUUUUUUCUUCCCAAAUUCUUCGAAAUUUCUUUUGUUUCCAACAUCUAGUGAGCUGAAUUGGAAUGUGAAUCGAGCGAUUUUAUCUUUUGUUUCCAGUUUAAUGGCGAGUUAUCGUCGGAGAAAAUCCGAAGCGGAUGCAAGAAGGGAUGUAAUAAGUGAACUGCGAUUAGAAGUGAAGGAAAGGAUUUUGGAGUGCUUGCCUACUCGAGACGCGGCCAGAACUGCUCUGCUCUCAACUCACUGGAACCAUGUUUGGUUGCGGCAUGGGCAGCUUGUGUUUGAUCGGUGCUUCUUCCAAUGCUUCUCAAAGUACGAAGGAGAGAAAGGUAUAGCUCAGAUUAGCACAAUAAAUGAUAUUCUAAUGCUCCGUGCUGGACCCGUUAAGCAUUUUACUCUACACGUUUACCACGCAUCGGAUCCUAAGCCCCAGCAGUCUGAUUUAGAUCGGUGGUGUCGUUUUGUUUCCAGAAAUGGUCUACAGGAACUUAGUUUGUUUAUUUCCCGUAACCAUAAGCUACCAUCUUGUAUAUUUUCUUGCCGGACAAUUGAGGAACUGUUUCUGGGUGAAUUCAUUUUUGAUUUGUCGAUCCCUCGUUGUAUAUUUCCCAGCGCCACUUCAUUAGCUUUCAAGCAUACUGAAUUUAGUGAUAAUGUUAAGGGAAUUGUGUACAGAAUUCCUAAUCUUGAGGAGCUGUCUUUCAGUCAUUGUAAAGGGAUCACUAAUUUUGAGAUCAGCAGUCCAAAACUUGAAAGCUUGACGGUUAUUGGUUCUCUGUUCUCGGAGCUCGAUGAAUCCAGAUGGUUUACCCUUUAUUUGAGAACAAUUAAGACUCUUUGCUUGAGUGUCAAUUUGUUGCCGUGUAAAAAUCCAGAAAUAGCCACAAUGACAUUCCCGACCGCAAUAAAUUUGCAAGUGAUUGAGCUGUAUGAGUUAAAUGUUUCAUGUGGAGAGAAGCUUGCCUUUGUUUUGCAGUUGCUUCAACAUUCCCCCAACCUAUGUGAGCUGAAGAUUACUGCAUCAGAUUUUGUAAGACAUGAAACUUAUGGACCAUAUAUUUGGCAAUCAUGAUUGUUUCAUUUCCUCG